GAACAAAGAUAGUGUAAAACUUGACAUCAUGCCUGUCGGAGAAACAAGCACAGAAAGAGAAGACCUCACGUCAAGCAGAAGACCAGAUACUUUACCUAUACGUGCUGCAAACGACGUUGCAGAUUUCAGAGACCCUGUUCCACGUAGAGAUGAAGUUGAUGGACAACAGCAAACAUCGUCUUCCAAAAGUCCAUUUGCAGACAGACAGAACUUUGUUAGACAAUUAUGUGACGCUUCACUAUUGGCGGCAAACGUUUCCCAGCUCCGCGUUGUGUUGGACGGAGGUUCAGAGAAUAGCUAUUACAUUCCAUUAUUAAUUAUGAUCGGAUUUUCACUAUUAUUUCACAUCGGGUUUGGAAUGCUAAUGAUUCAUAGAUGGAGAAAGGAAAGAGAAGCUGAAAUGUCUCACAAAAAGUCUUCAAGUCAGCCAGGUACGCCAUCUUCAAGUGUUAGUGUCAUAUCAGAACAGGCAAAAGGAGUGAUUUGUUCUUGCUCCUCGUGUUUGACAGUAGAGAGAUGUGAUGAGAUCAGCAUGUUUAUCAUGCUUAUAAUCGUUGUUUUAAAUGUCUUUAUUGCAGGACUUGGGUUAUCAGGGCCACCGAAAGGCGGCGCCACUGGUAACUAACACAUACAAGUUCGAUAAGAUCUUUGUAUAAUACAAGUAAUAUUGUUUUAAACCAAGAAAGAAAUAUAAUUAUGAU